AUAUUAUUAUUGAAUAACAAAAAAGUAAUUUAAUUUGUUAGAACUAUGAUGGAGCUUCAAUUGGGGCUUGCACUAUGUGGAAAUUCAACAAAAGGGUAUAAUCUUGAUUUGAAUAAAGGAAGAUCAAGUCAAAUUCUUGAUGUUCAAGAUGAAAAUGAUGUCAAUGUUCUGCAAACUUUGCCUUUGUUGCUUCUUUGGGACAAACAUAAUCAAAACAAUGAACAUAAAAGAAAAGAUAUUGGUGAUGAAGAUGGGGUGGUGGGGUGGCCACCAAUUAAUUCAUUAAGGAAGAAGCUCUGCCACCAUAGCUGCCGCGGCGCGAUGAAUUAUGUCACGGUGGAGAACGGCGGCGUUGGCGGCGGCAGUGGUGGCGGCAGAGGAUCAAUAUAUAAGUAUGUGAAAGUGAAAAUGGAAGGAGUUGGAAUUGCAAGAAAAAUUGACUUGAGUCUUUUUCACUCUUACAAUAAACUUACUGACACCUUAAUUUCCAUGUUUGGAAAAAGUAAAGAAAUUGGUGAUGUUUAUAAACUUACAUAUCAGGAUAAAGAAGGUGAUUGGCUUCUUGCUGGUGAUGUACCAUGGAGGACUUUUGUUGGGUCAGUGCAGAGGCUAAAAUUAAUUAGAGAUGAAGAUUAUUGAUUAAUGGAAUAUAUAUUAUUAAUUAAGAAUCUCCUCUAUAUUUUAAUGUCUAUUUUGUUUUUACCUUUUGAUGUCUACAAAGAUGUAAUCUCAAAUAGAGUUUUUGCCUAUUUUGUGAAGAACUAGUUUUAUGA